CCAUAGUACGGCUCCGCUUGAUGACGUUGAGGUCUGCCGCUAACCCGGUUGGAUGCUCUGCCAGGCUGUUUUCUCCCGCUAGUCGAAGCAAUCCCACAAUUCCACACAUGCUGUUCACUUCCUGUUUGUCAGCACGGGGUGAGGUGUUUAUCAUGGCUGCAGCGGCUUCGGGAGAGACAGGGGAACUUCAGAAAGAAUUGAUUUGUGCAAUUUGCCUUGACUUUUUUGACGAUCCUGUUAUUUUACAAUGCGGACACAAUUUCUGUAGAGAUUGCAUUCUCAUUCACUGGCAGGAGAAUGGCAGCAAUGGCCAGGGUUACAAGUGCCCUGAGUGCAGACGGUCCUUUCCCAGCAUGAGUUUCACCAAGAAUUAUUUGGUUCGGAACUUGGUGGACAAGCUAGAUGACCUGGAAUACUUUAAACCCAAACAAACCAAAGCAGCCGUACCCCAGCCCAAGGAGGAAGGACGAUGUGAAAAACACCGUGAAGAGCUUAAGCUUUUCUGCAAGACAGACAACAAGCUCAUUUGCGUGAUAUGCCGGGAAUCCAGAGCUCACAAGCAUCAUGAAGUUGCCCCUCUGCCUGAGGUUAUUGAAGACUUAAAGGACGAUCUUCGAUGUAGACUCACUAACCUGAAUGAUGAUAAAAUCUAUUGUACGAAAGUGAAGAACGAAGAUGUGGAAACUCGUUUAAAUAUUCAGAUGAAGAAAUUGCAGCUGAAGGAAAGUAUUGAGGCCAGUGUUGGACAGCUUAUUCAGUUCCUGCUGGAUGAAAAAGAUGAACUAUUGGAAAAGCUAGAUAGUGAGGAACAAACAGCGCUCUCCAUAGUAGAAAACAACAUCCAGAGGCUGGAAAAUCUGAUAACUGAGAUGGAAAAAGAGAUCACAGAAAUCCAGGGCAAUCUCAGUCAGCCGUCCUUUGAGGUUAUGCAGAAGAUUGUUUCCAGACCCCUUCAGGACCUGAGUCAUCUGCACCCAUCGACGAGUGAACCAAACUGGGAAGACUUUUCAGGGCCUGUGCAAAUCAUGCUAUGGAAGAGAAUGUUGAGUGUUUUAAGACCAGCUCCUGAAAAUCUCAUUCUUGAUCAAGAUACUGCUCAUCCUAACCUCAUUAUUUCAGAGUAUAACACCACCAUGGAAGAAUCAAGGGGCCGUGUGCUUGAGCCUGAUUUGCCACAGAAAUUUACCCGCUUUCUGGGUGUACUGGCCACCACGGAAUACACAUCCGGCAAACAUUACUGGGAAGUAGAUGUGAAGGGUAAAGGGGUCUGGUAUCUAGGUUUAACAGAUAUUGACAGCAACCGUAAAGGUUAUGUCAAUCUCAGUCCUUAUGAUGGAUACUGGAGCAUCUGUCUUCAGGAUGAGAUGUAUGCCAAUGAUGAACAAAGAGUGUUCAUAAAGCAAGACUGGUCUAUCUCCAGAGUUGGAAUGUUCCUUGACUACGAUGCAGGGCUGUUGUCUUUUUAUGAUGCUAUUCUCAUGAAACAUCUUUACACCUUUAGACAAUACUUUGAUGGCCCUGUGUGUCCGUUUUUCAGCCCUGGCAAAAAUGAUAUUGGUAGUCGUAUGAAAAUUUGUCAUUACCAUUAGAUGAAAUAAGACAGAACUGACAGCAAAAUUAAUUAUAAUCAAAGUCAUUCCACAUACCACUCGUGUGUUCGAUGGUAGAUAUUGUGUUACUUUCCCCAAGUGGGGGAAAAAAACAGACUUUUCCUCCUAAUGCCUGUAUUUACAUAAGCUGUGGAUACCUGUUCAGUAAGAAAAACAAAUAUAAAAACCACAAUUAUUUUGUUCCACAAACCACAAGGUUUACCAAUAAACACCAGUAGCCGAUAAAUCGGCUUGAUCGAAUUAGCCCAAAUACACCACAAGUCAAAAAAGUGGCUUGCAAGCAUCAGGUGUUGUCAGGGCGAUAAAAGCUUUGUGUAAAGCAGGGCUUCCGGAACCAGGUCCUCAGGACCCCAAGGUCUUAUGGUUUUUGUUCCAGCUGAGCUCUCAGUUAUUGAACACGUAGUUGAACUAGUCGUUUGCUUAGUUAGACCUUUUUAAUUGUUUUCAGCUUGGAGAUGUCAAGUCAGCGAUCACAUUUUGGUGUUUGCUGAGUGUGUAUAGAGUUAAACAUUCCAGUAUGUAUGGAAUUCAUAUUAAUGUCAGUCAAAACCCUCGUCCUGCAAAGAAGAAUCAUGGGUCUAUAGUGACCACUCAGCUGAAUCCCUGUGUAAAUAUUUUUACAAGGUAAGACCACCUGUCUUGCAUAUUAGCAAUUUACUAUGUUGACUGUAUAUCUGUUGUCAUUCCCUGCCUUUAGAGUUGUCCUAUUAGGUGCUUUACAAAAGGAAUGCUUUGACUAGCAGUGAACUUUCACAGGAUAGCGGUUUAUUCAACUGAUCUAAACAUAGGCAGAUCUAAAUACCACUGUCUUUUAAAUCAUUAAAAUAUGAACCUUACAGAGUUAUGUUUAGAUCAAUGGAAUAUAUCCCGCUGUAUUUUGAGAUCUACGUAUGAUUAAUGUGUGAUCUUUUAUUUUUUUAAGCAGUGAUUCAGCAAUCUGGAACCAUAGUUAGUUAAAGUACAAUUUCUAUGUGUAUAGUAUGUUAUAGACCCCUGCAUCAGCUGUCUCUUGAAGUAAGUAGCUGCCCUUCUUUGGCGCCCAUUAGAUUGCUGGUUGCACAGUAUGACCUGUAAUGAGUGGUAUGACGUACAGCUAUCGUAUGAUGAAUUAUCACAAGUUUGUUUUUCUUUCUACAAUAUGUUGCUUUUCAAGUUUUAUAGAGCUUCUAUAUUGAGUGAAGUACUUGUGACUAGAAAUACCCACAUUUUUCUGUAAAUAAGUCUUUCCCCAGACUAAACUCAAUUAAAAUCAUUUUUAAAAAUAUA